AUGACCGCCGAGAGCCGGCUGCCGCCGGGCCCCUCGCCGCUGCCGCCGCUGCCCCCGCCGCUGAAGGCGGACGCAGCGCCGCCGGGGCAGGAGGCGGCGGCGGCGGCGUUGGGGGCGCGGGGCGGGCGACGGCGGCGCAAGCGUCCGGCGGAGCGGGGCAAGCCGCCCUACAGCUACAUCGCCCUCAUCGCUAUGGCCAUCGGGCAAGCGCCCGAGCGGCGACUGACGCUGGGAGGCAUCUACCGCUUCAUCACCGAGCGCUUCCCGUUCUACCGCGACAGCCCCCGCAAGUGGCAGAACAGCAUACGCCACAACCUCACUCUCAACGACUGCUUCGUCAAGGUGCCGCGGGAGCCCGGCCGCCCUGGCAAAGGCAACUACUGGACGCUGGACCCUCACGCCCGCGACAUGUUCGAGAGUGGCUCCUUCCUCCGUCGCAGGAAGCGCUUCAAGCGCAGCGAUCUCUCCACCUACCCGGCCUUCCUCGCCGAGCGCCCCGCCGCGCCUUGCCGCCUCUUCCCGCUGCCUGCCCCGCCGCCCGCCGCCGACCUGCCCCCGGCUCCCGCCGCUGCCUCCUGCGCCUUCGCCGCCGCCGCUGCCUUCCCCGCGCAGGGCUGCGCUGCCGCCCUGCCCCACGGCUACGGCCCGCUGCCCCCCGGCCCCGCGCCCUACUCACCGGGCGGCCCUGGACAGCUGUACGCGCCGUCGGGGCGCAUCGUGCUGCCUGCCUCGCCGCCAGCCCCCGCCGGGCUCUACGGCCGCCGCUCCCCCGCGCCCUACCCGCCGCUGCCACACGUCUACGGAACCGGCGGGCAGCUGGGCGCCGCCGAGCCCGGGCCGCGGCACGGAGCCUACCCCGGCGGUCACGACAGGUUCGUCCCGCCACUCUGACCCAGCGCGGCAGAGGCCGGGCGGCCCGACGGCGCGGACCGGAGCCCGGGAGAGGGCGGGCUGCGCGGCUCGCCCGGCGCUGCUGGACCCGCGGCCGUCCGGGAAGAUGCUGGAGGACUUUGGUCUGCGGCUCCGCAUCAUGCCACCUGCCCGAGGCUCCCGGCGAGGAGCGCUGCCGCCAGCCGUGAGGACCUGGGGGACCCUGCCCAGCCCUGUCCGCUCUCUCCAGAGAAGUUCUAGGGGCUCCCAAGUGCCUGGAUGGGGCAAACAGCCCUUUCCUUUUCUCCUGCCUUUCCUACGACAGGUGCCCAGUGCACCCUGCCAGCACAUCCAGCUGGGCUCCCUGGUCUG